AUGUGUGUCUACUUCAGAUGGAAAAAACAACGCAUUUUAAUUGUUGGAGUUUACGUGGAUGACCUUAUAGUCACAGGAAUGGAUCAACGUGCCGUGGACAAUUUUUUUGGCGAGCUAAUUUCGUUGUCGGUAAAGGAUCUCGGACCCGCUCGUAAGUUUUUGGGUAUGCGCAUCCAAUACGAGGAAGAAAAGGGGUACAAUUUUGAUCAAGAGGUCGGAAUUCUUGACAUGCUGAAGGAGCACGGUCUCGAAAUGGCACAUGGUGUACGUGUACCAAUUACCUCGGACUGGAACGAUACUGAAAAUGCUAUGCUGCAAUUAUUACCGGUUUCUGGAGGAGAUGGGAUCACGGUGAAAAAAUUCCAGUCAAUUGCUGGAAGUUUACUAUGGAUUUCACGUUGCAACAGACCCGAUAUUGCUUUUGCGGUGCAUAAGGCAUCUCGGAGGACCCAUCAGCCAACAAUGGGAGAUUGGAAGUUGGCUAAAAGAAUUGCCAUGUAUCUGUCCGGCACGAAAAAGUUGCGCCUCUCUAUGGUUGGAAAUGGAGAUGAUUCAAAUGUUUUGCAAGUUGUUGGAUAUAGUGAUGCAGAUUUUGCUGCAGACAAGUGUGACAGAAAAUCAGUAACGGGUGGUCUAAUAACUGUCGAUAAUAUACCGGUGAGCUGGAUGUGUAAGAAACAAGGUGGAGUCUCGCUCUCGACUAUGGAAGCUGAAUUUACGGCUGCGUCGCUUAUGGCUCGAGAACUUUUGGGGGUUCGUGAAUUGUUACAAGAAUUAAAUUUAAAGCUCGAAGAGCCGAUGCCACUGCGAGUGGAUAAUCAAGCGGCUUUAAAACAACUUGACGGUGAAAGGGCCUCAGCCAAGGCCAAACAUAUUGAUGUGCGCAUCAAGUUUGUAGGUUGUUUCACCAAGCGUGGAAUUAUCAAACCGGAAUAUCGAGAGACCGGAAGUAUGCCAGCGGACAUACUAACCAAGGCGUUGGCUGCACCAAGAUUGGAUGAAUUGCGCCAAGUGAUCGGUUUAAAUUGA